AAAUAUAUAUCUAUAUCUAUUUACUUGCAGUUCAUGGCUUCCACAGGGAAUAUUGUCUCCAAAGCUAAAUAUGAAUCCAAAAUCCCACCAUUUUAUUAUAAGCCAACUUUUCAAGACUGCCUACUGUUACGAGAACAAUGGAUCAGGGCUAAAUACGAAAGGGAAGAAUUCAUUUUCACUGAGAAACAAGAGCCUUACUCUGCAGGCUACCGGGAAGGAUAUCUGUGGAAGAGGGGACGUGAUAAUGGGCAGUUUCUGAGCAGAAAAUUUGUCCUUUCAGAACGGGAAGGAGCCCUGAAAUACUACAACAAAAAUGAUGCCAAAGAACCCAAAGCGAUUAUGAAAAUUGAGCAUCUCAACGCCACCUUCCAGCCCGAGAAAAUUGGAAACCCUCAUGGGUUGCAGAUCACCUACUUGAAGGACAACAGCACAAGGAAUAUUUUUGUUUACCAUGAAGAUGGCAAGGUGGGAGCCCCGAA